AUGAGGUAUGACGGAACUCAAGACUCGCAGGAGCACCUCACGGCCUUCGAGGCCAGAAUGAACCUGGAGGGAGUGGGAGACGAAGGCUCCGUGGUCAGCUUCUCAGAUAUCAGUCGCGCCUUCUUAGCACAAUUCACCACCAGGAUCGCGAAGGCAAAACACCCGAUCAAUCUACUCGGUGUCACUCAGAAAAUCGGCGAGACGACCAGGAAGUACUUAGAUCGCUUCAACGACGAAUGCUUGGAGAUCGAGGGGUUAACCGAUUCAGUGGCCAGUCUCUGCCUGACGAACGGGCUCCUUAACGAGGACUUCAGAAAGCACCUCACCAUAAAGCCAGUCUGGACGAUACAAGAAAUCCAAACGGUGGCCCGCGAAUACAUUAAUGACGAGGAGGUCAGUCGAGUUGUGGCUGCCAACAAGCGGCAACCCUCCUACACUCAACCCACGCAGCACGGCAACGGAGAAAGACAGAAGGAGCACGCCAGAGACAGCGGACCGAGCAAGGCACCCAGACCGUUUCCUCGUAUUGGAAAAUUCACCAACUACACUCUUCUCGCCCUCCCCAUCAUAGAAGUUUAUCAACAAAUAGCUGAAAAGGGAAUCUUGUCAAAGCCCCGACCUCUGAAGGACCGAACUAGGGGGAACAAAAGCCUCUACUAUGAUUACCAUAAGGGCUAUGGACACAAAACGCAAGACUACUUCGACCUGAAGGACGCACUGGAACAAGCAAUUAGGGACGGAAAACUAGCCGAAUUCUCCCACCUCAUCAGAGAACCGAGAAGACGAAAUCGCGACCACGAUGGGGAAGACAAGACCCGAACGGUGAAGCAAUGGCAGGAGCUAAGGGACGACGACCACGGCCUUACCGUAGUGAAUGUAGUAACCGUGAGAAACACGGCCCCAAGGUCGAGAUCGGCGCACAAAAAAGACGCCAAAGUACUGGCAAUCUCCUCCUCAUCUUCGCGAACCCCCAAAAGUGCCCCACCCAUUUCUUUCGGUCCGGAAGACCAAUGA